CCAAUAUGAAUGAGGAGAGCAGUCGUUCCCCACGCCGUUUUCAGCAUCAUCGUCACACAGACACUCUACGACCUGAAGUCUGGGAACUCAGGGGAGAAGGUGAGCAAGAUGAGCCUGGUGGAUCUGGCUGGUAGUGAGCGUGUAUCUAAAACUGGAGCUGCAGGGGAGAGGCUGAAGGAGGGCAGCAACAUCAACAGGUCUCUUACCACACUGGGCUGUGUGAUCUCUGCGCUGGCGGACCAGUCUGCGGGGAAGGGGGGGAAGAAUAAGUUUGUUCCUUACAGAGACUCUGUCCUCACCUGGCUUCUCAAGGACAACCUGGGUGGCAACAGUAAGACGUGUAUGAUCGCCACGGUGAGCCCAGCAGCUGAUAACUACGAGGAGACGUUGUCCACGCUGCGUUACGCAGACCGCGCCAAGAGGAUCGUCAACCACGCCGUCGUCAAUGAAGACCCCAACGCACGGAUCAUCAGAGAGCUCCGGGAGGAAGUGGAGAAACUCAGAGUACAGCUCUCUCAGGCUGAGUCUCUAAAGGCUCCAGAGCUGAAGGAGAGGCUUCAGGAGUCAGAGAAGCUGAUCCAGGAGAUGACCGUUACCUGGGAGCAGAAACUACGCAACACAGAGGAGAUUGCUACGGAGCGUCAGCAGCAGUUAGAGAGUAUGGGGAUCUCCCUGGAGACGUCUGGGAUCAAAGUUGGAGAUGACAAGUGCUUCCUGGUCAACCUGAAUGCAGACCCCGCCCUCAAUGAGCUGCUGGUCUACUACCUAAAGGUACACAACCACAACACCAACCGCAACACCAGCCACAACACCAACCACAACACCAACCGCAGCACCAACCCUACAACCACAGCUGAAUGCAGACCCGCCCUCAAUGGGCUGCUGGUCUACUACCUAAAGGUACACAACCGCAACACCAGCCAAUACAACACCAAACCGCAGCACCCACACCACAACCACAGCACCAACCACAAUCACCAACCACAGCACCAAUCACAACCACAGCACCAACCACAGCACCAACUACAACACAACCACCAACCACAACACCAACCACAACACCAAUCACAACCACAGCACCAACCACAACCCCAACACCAGCACCAGCCACAAUACACCAGCCACAGCACCAGCCACAAUCCACUUGCCCACAGCACCAAUCACAACCACAGCACCAGCCACAACACCAAUCCAAAUCAACACCAGCCACAACACCAAGUCACAAUCACUGGCACCAACCACAACCCCAACACAAUCACCAACCACAACACCAACCACAACACCAACCACAAUCACACAAUACACCAGCCACAAUCACAGCACCAACCACAAACACCAACUACAACCACAACACCAACAGCACCAGCCACAGCACCAACCACAAUCACCAACACCAAUCACAACUACAACCACAACACCAACCACACAAACUGCACCACCAGCCACAACCACAGCCACAGCACCUACAACACAGCUGAAUGCAGACCCGCCCUCAAUGAGCUGCGGGUCUACUGCCUAAAG